AUGGCUAAUUCCAACAUCAAUGAUAUUUUGUACGACAUGUUUGGAUCCGACGAUGAAGAAGGUUCGCAAGACGAGACUAUACGAGAAGAUAACAUGCACGAUUCACAUGAAGAUACAUUUGAUGAGUUACUUAGAGACGGUCCUAGAUAUGGAAUGAUGUUCGAUUCUGAUACGAGACUCUAUGAGGCGUAUAAUUCAUUUGCCAAAAAACAAGGUUGUCGGGCACAUAUCAAUGCCAUUAAGCGUUAUUCUGGUGAAUGGAAGGUGACUACUGUUGAAUUGGGCCACAAUCAUGAUUUAGAUCCAAAUAUGACAGCUUUAAUGGCAAGUCAUAGAAGUUUGUCUAUGAGGAUGAAGAGGCAAUUGGAAGAAAAUGACAUCGCGGGAAUACGGGUUUGCGAAAAUAUUAGAUUGGUAGAAGUUCAAUCUGGAGGUCCUGACAAAUUAGGAGCAACUCCAAGAGAUUGUAGAAACUUUAUUAAUGAGAGGAGAAGGUUGAGGCUUGGAGAUGGAGAUGCAAACGCCAUCCAUAAGCUCUUUAGCUCGUUGCAAAAAAAGGAUCCGACAUUUUUCCAUUUGAUGGAUCUUGAUGAAGAUUUGAGGCUCCGCAAUGUGAUGUGGAUCCAUCCGUGUAGCAUAGCUGCGUAUCAAGAUUUUCAUGAUGUUGUGAGCUUUGAUACAACCUACUUGAUCAACCAAUAUCAGAUGCCUCUAGCAACGGUUGUCGGUGUAAAUCACCAUAACCAAUCUAUUCUACUAGGAUGUGCGUUGUUGUCACACGAGCAUGCAGAUUCCUUUAAGUGGUUUUUUAGUAAUUGGGUAGAGGCAAUGCGGGGGGUUCAUUCUACUGCGAUAUUGUCAGAUCAAUGCGAGAGUAUCAAGAUUGCUGUUAGAGAAGUUUUGCCCAAUACCAUCCACCGUUUAUGCUUAUGGCACAUAUGCCAGAAAAUUCCCCAAAAAUUUAAAGGUGUUGCUGAGUAUAAAAGAUGCUCAACAGAAUUUUACUCCAUGAUCUAUAACAACCUUAGCAUUGUGCAGUUUGAAGAAAGGUGGGCUGAAUUCCUAUCUCAGCAUGGUCUACAGACUAGUAGGUGGCUUACGGAUCUCUAUGCGGAACGGGAGAAUUGGGCCCCUAUUUACUUGAACCAUUAUUUUUGGGCAGGCAUGGUGUCAACUCAACGAAGCGAGUCAAUGCAUGCAUUUUUUGAUUAUUACGUAAAUUCUCAAAGCACUUUGAAGACGUUUGUGGAACAAUAUGAAGUUGCUAUAAAUGAUAAAAUUAGGAAGGAGUUGGAAGCUGAUUUUCAGUCAAAGAGUUGGAGACCGAGACUGACUUCGAAGUACGUAUGGGAAGGCCAAUUUUCAAGGGCCUACACGUUAAACUUAUACAAGAUAUUCCAAGAAGAAAUUAACAAGAUAUGCAAUUGCAAUGUCAAAGAAGUUGCUUGUGUUGGAGAAGAUGAUGUAGGUGGUGUUGAGAGGUUUGAGGUAUUGGAAAUGCUCAUUGGGUGUAUUGAAUAUCAUAGGCAAUAUACUUACAUUGUGGAUUAUAGGCCGUCUGGGGAGUACAUCUCUUGCAAUUGCCGCAAGUUUGAAUUUAAGGCCGAGUACAAAGAAACUCAAGAAAUGGAGCAAGAUUAUCAAGAAUGUGUAGAAUUGGGUGGUUCUUUUGAAGAAAAAAGGAAAUUUUUGAAGAAGAGGAAUAAGGAGACAAAGAAAGCGCUUAUAAAUUGGAAAACACCUUCUCCUGCAGCAUCUGCUUCUGUUCUGGCUGAAGAAGGAAUAAGCCUUGAAAUUGUUGUUGGUGAUCCGAAGGUUAACCGACCAAGAGGCAGACCAGAGCAAAAGCGAUUCAAAAGUGAUGUCGAAAAGAAUCGGUCUCGUCGUAAAUAG